AUGCUUAGGUGGAUCCAAAAUUUCCUCACGGAAAGAACGGUACAGACUCGUGUUGGUAAGCACUUGUCGAGGAAACUUCCACUUGAGCAGGGGGUGCCGCAGGGAUCGGCACUCAGCUGUACGCUGUUUUUGGUCUUUAUCAACGACUUGCCGGCUCUUUUGAAAUGUCAGAAGCUGUUGUUUGCAGAUGAUAUCGUGUUGUGGGAGUCAGGGAGAGACCGUCAACAACUCAUUGACACUCUCCAGCAGGCAUUAACAACUAUAUCCUGCUACGCCAGAAUGUGGAACCUUGAGGUAAACCACUCGAAGUCGGUUUACUCAUGGUUUACGCUGGGCCGUGAUAUAUUGAAGGAACCUGUCGAGCUUAGAAUGGAUGGCAAGAUUCUGGAAUGGGAUAAAAAGCCCAAGUACCUUGGAGUGAUUCUCGAUCAGAAACUGACUAUGUGCGAUCAUAUACAGCAGGUAAAAGAAACAGCUUCCGAGAAGUUGAAUAUCGUAAAGAAACUAGCUGGAACGAAGUGGGGAGCGAGAGCUGACGUGCUGAGGGGACUGUACAUGGGUGCAGUAAGCUCUCACAUGGACUACAGUCUUCCUGUCCAGGUCUGGGCCUCGCAAACGACCUUAGCAAGCCUAGACUCUGUUCAGAACCAAGCCUUAAGACUAAUCUGUGGAACCUUUAGGACAACGCCAAUUGCCGCUGGCGAGAUUAUGGCAAACAUCCCACCGUUGAAAUUGCGCAGAGAACGAGCCGUCAUACUAGCUCACGAGAGAUAUAUGCGGCUGGAAGAUGGAUGCCCACUCAGAAGUCUGGUCGACAACUGGGAGGGUAGGAGACGCCUCAAAAACCGGCCUUGUUUCAUGCAUGUGGCACGCGGGCUGGUCAGAGAGGCGAAUCUGCCGGUGGAGCGGGCUGCUCUUUCCCCGUCCGGUUCUAUCUUCCCGAUGGAGGCUCUCGGCAUGCCGACGAUACGGAAGAGCCUACUUGACCCAGUGGUGACGAAGCAGAGUCCAACCACACGGCUACUACAAGCAGCCAGAGAGACUAUCGCAUCAUAUCCAGCCGGAGUAACCACCAUCUACACAGACGGUUCUGUGCGGACGCUCGAGGGAACUGUGAAAGCUGGGUACGGAGCGGUAGUUCGACUCUCUGGCAAUCCCGAAAGUGACGAGCUCAGUGGAUCCUGUCAGCAGAAAAGCAGCCUCGAGGCUGAACUCGAAGCAAUGUUCCAAGCACUGGACUGGGUGGCUACGAUGGUACGUAACGGGACUGCGUCAGCGCACGACAUAGUCCUUUUCACGGACUCGGUGGCCGCACUGGAGGCCAUAGAACGGCUGGAUGAAGGUGCUAGAAGGUUUAAUGUUGGUGUGUCCCGCUAG